CGUCCGAACGAUCUCCAUGGUGCCCGUCGCCUUUGCAUUUUUCACUCUUGGGAUAUUAGGGAUAUUAGACAUCGAGUUAAUAACCCAGAAACACAUUCCUCCCCUGUCCCAUUCUCUGACCCCAUCUACGCUCUAUGGGACAGGGUUCAAGGUUGGAUACUAGAUGAGGUUGUUUUACCACAUAUUCUAGCCAUAGGAUACUUCCACUUUGGCGAAGAAAGUGACGGAGAGACCUGUAUCCUUGUGUAAAGUGGUGGUGCGUUUUCUGAACAGUGUUCCGUCAGGACUACCUGAUGACCUGCAGUGAUGAAGAUCUACAGGACGUUGUUGACGCCGCAUAUGAGAAGCUCAAGACUGCACAGCAGGUCUUCAAGAACAAACGCAGUGGUUGGGCACGCAAGAAUGCAGCAGGCCAGGCUGCUUCUACUACCCCAGCGCCCGCGCCAGCCCCAUCGACCUUGCCUGUUCCUACCACGAGCAACGCCUCUCAGCAUGCAUUAUCCACCAUCCUUCCAGCCUCGCGAGUUAGAGGCGGACGCGCAGAUUUCUGGUGA